GAGUCCCAGGAGGACCAGCGGGCGCCCCACAGGCUGCAGCCCAACCGCGCCGUCAGCCUGGAGCAGCUGCGCCGUCUCGGCGUCACCUACCGCAAAGUAAGCGCCGGGGCCCCCCCACCCCGAGCGGGAGGCUGAGGGAGGCCCCGGCGCCGCGCGUAAAAUGGCGUCGGGCCCCCGGCGCUGAGGCGGUACGCGGGCGGCUCGCCCCAGUGCCGCUGCUCCCCUUCUCCUCACGCAGCGCAGGCACCGUGAGUCUGUGCUCUGUGUCGGUGCUGAGGGCUCUUCUGAAGGGCCGUGUGGUGGUCGUACAAGAGCCCCCCUUUCCAGCGUGCAUCAGGCAGAAGGGCUGCGUGACGGAGAAUUUCUGUCACAAGCUAUAAAUCAGGCAUGCCUCAGCUGUAAAACGCGUUCAUUAAGAGCUCAUGAUUUUCUCUCCCCUGUAAUCGCACCUCAGGGGCUUGGGGCGUGCAGCACAAGCGGUGCUGCAGAAUUGGGAGUACCUCGGGGGGACGGUGACAUACGUUGGUGGCCUUUGCAGUGUGCUGCAUGCUGUGUGAGGUAGGGACAUGCUGCAAGAGUCAAUAAACCGUGGAAAAUCCCGCAGUUAUGACACCUCAGUUGGAUGCUGAUAACUAUGAGACUGAUCCAUGUCUGAAAGAGAUUCGGAAAGCGGAAAAUUAUUCUUGGAUGGAUAUAAUAACUAUACAUAAAGACAAGCUUCCAAAUUAUGAAGAAAAGAUAAAAACAUUUUAUGAAGAACAUUUACACCUAGACGAUGAAAUUCGCUACAUCUUAGAUGGAUCUGGCUAUUUUGACGUUCGAGACAAGGAUGACAAAUGGAUCCGAAUUUCCAUGGAGAAAGGAGACAUGAUAACCCUCCCUGCUGGCAUAUAUCACCGAUUUACACUGGAUGAGAAUAAUUACGUGAGGGCAAUGAGGCUGUUCGUUGGAGAACCGGUCUGGACAGCAUACAACAGACCAGCAGAUGAUUUUCCUGCUCGGAAACAGUAUAUGAAGUUCUUGACUGGAGAAGCACAGUAAUGGUGUCUGCGACCUGACAGGUGGAGCAGCCUGAAGCCAAUCAGAAUAAACGUGAUUUUUCAACUGAC